AAAACCAGACGCUCGACGAGGAGAAAGAAAAAGCGCUGUAACUACCAACCUGGACAGUCGCUCUGAGACCAAACGCCUUGAUAGCAGCAAGAAUAUUUCUGGAUAAUCAUCUCCUUUGAUGCCUGCGAGAAGAAGUUGUAUACAAGAACAAAGAAAAAACGUUACCUACAAACGUCGGCGACAGCGCGCAAUGUCAAGGCCUCGAACUGUAGCGAAUGAUCACGAAUGAUUUCCAAGUCAGCCACUCCACCUGGCAUAGGAAAAUGCGACCCAAGAAUCGCAGAAAGCCCAGAGAGGAAUCUCGCGAGCCAAGCGAUCAGCGAUGAGAAAAUCUAGCUGGAGUUAACCCUAAUCAUAAUGGCUUCGAGCGGUGAGAUAGCGAGGCGCUAUGGAAGAUUUGAGGCGGAUGCCGAUUUUCGUGAUGCUCGAGCAGCGCUAGGGCGGCUGUUCAUCCAGAAUGGCUCGCUCUCUUCUGUUACAACCAUCGCUACCGUGGUUAUGGUAGCACCAAGGUGAAAGAUUCGUGUUUUGGUGUUGGAAGUUUCUCCUUUCUCGCUCUCGCUUCACGGUGUUGUGUCACUUGCUCCGCUCGAAGGCUACGACCUCCGUCGCUUGCAAUGGCUGGUUCACUAUCCCACUCAAAGGGAGAUAAGGGAGGCGAGUUUCAUCGACGUGGACCGUGCGUGCGAGGUAGCAAUGCUCGAGAUCGAGAAGAACUACACGGAGUUUCCGCUGGAGAUACCCUUUCUACGGAGUAGCGGGGAGCUCUUACGCCUGGGGUCUCGUGUCCAUUUCCUGGGCUAUGUUGAGGGGGUGGACAGGGAGUAUGAUGCAUGCAGAGGAGGAGGCUCGAAGAAGGCGGAGACUGAAAAGAUCCCGGCUUUCCAUGAUGUUCUCACGGUGGGAACUACACUCCCAGGAGGGUUUUGUGUAGCUUCUUAUUGUGGAGACAAUCGCGGAGGCGUCAUUUUCACCAUCGAUCCCCUCAUGAAGCCCACGCUCCAGCUGAUUGGGUUUCAUAUCAACAACAUUGGGAUGUUAUGUAAAUUCAUCCCCGAGCGCCUUGCGUUCAAUGGAGGAGGAGGUGGUGGCAGUGGUGGCACCGGUGGCAGCGGACGGGGUGGCCGUAGGGGUAGAGCUGUGCCGCUGCCGCAAGCGCUUCCGCGUGGAGGUGGUGGCAGCGGAGGUGGAGACCAAGGAAGCGGCAGUGGCACCGGCAGUGGCACCCGAGGAGGCAACAAAGCCAAAGGCAAAGAAAAAGUGGUGUGA